GCGUUAACCUUUGACCCCACUUUAUUCUUAGGAAAGUGUAUGAAAUGGCGGACAGACGACGUCGGAGAAGAGUUAGGCUUGAUGACAGUGAAACCAAGGAAGGAGAAGACGUAACUAACAGCUCAGGAGAUGAGAGUGAUACAAUCUUAGAUGAAGAUGAAGAAUCUGAUUACGCAAGUGCAGAGGAAGCGGACGCUCCCACAAUUACAAGCAGUAAUCAAGAACCGGGAACAGAGAAUGAAAAGGAGAUAUUAGCCGCACCAGUACCUUCUGAAGAUAAAGUGGGGGAAGGAGACCAAGAUGAAGAAAAGGUGGAGGCAUUAAAUGUAGUAGCUAAAGAAGAACCAACACCUCCUGGAGACAAAGUGGGAGAAGGAGAUCAAGAUAAAGAACAGGUGGAGACAUUGAAUAUAGCAGCUAAAGAAGAAACAGAUCCUUCUCCUGUUUCUCCUACUCCUCUGGAUACUCCUCUGGAUCCUCCUGCACCUGCUCCUAUGGCUACUUCUGUAGACGUCCCAGUGGAGCAAGAUACUCAUGAACCGCAACCUGUGGAGAGCAUUCCUGAAGCUUCUGAUGAUGUCCCUGACACCACUCUUGGAAGGGAAGUUCAAGGAGAACCAGGAGGUUGUGAUGCCGAUGGAGUCCUGCAGGAGAAGGAGGGGGAGGAGGAAACUAUCACUACUCAUCCAGAUGAAGGGACCCAGCAGGAUACGAGUCACGAUGCUUCCAUAGAUGUACAAGAAGAACCAGAGAAAGGAGAGCAGUUGGCAACUACUAUUUCAGAAACCACAGAAGAGCCAACAAAAGAUGAUGGUGCGGAAAGAACAGAGGAUGUGGAGGAGCGUCCAACUAAAGAAGAAGAUGUCCUCCAGGAAACAACUGAAGAGGUUGAUCAACCUGUACCAGAUAAGGGUAGUCAACCUGUACCAGAAGUGGGUAGUCAACCUGUACCAGAAGAGGGUAGUCAACCUGUAACAGUCGAGGGUAGUCAACCUGUACCAGAUGAGGGUAGUCAACCUGUACCAGACGAGGGUAGUCAACCUGUACCAGAAGUGGGUAGUCAACCUGUACCACAAGAUGGUAGUCAACCUGUACCAGAAGAGAGUAGUCAACCUGUACCAGUCGAGGGUAGUCAACCUGUACCAGUCGAUGGUAGUCAACCUAUACCAGUCGAUGGUAGUCAACCUGUACCAGAAGAGAGUAGUCAACCUGUUCCAGAAGUGGGUAGUCAACCUGUUCCAGAAGUGGGUAGUCAACCUGUUCCAGAAGAGGCUAGUCAACCUGUUCCAGAAGAGGUGAAUCAACCUGUUCCAGAAGAGGAGGAAGAGACUCAGGAGGGAGAUGUGGGAGAAGAAAGGAUACCAGUUGGAGAAGGAGAUAGAGAGAUGGGGAAGAAUGAAGAAGAUGAACUGGAGGAAGGAGAAAUAGAAGAAGAAGAGCUAGAAGAAGGAGAGAUUCGUGAUGAGGAGGAAGAGGAAGAUGGUCCAGACGAAGAAAGGAAAAGUGGAGAUGGAGAGGAGGCUCCCCAGGAUCUGGAUGUAGAUGAAGACAGAAAGAACCCUCAGUUUGUACCAAGGCAAGGUCCCUAUUACAUGCAUGAUAGCAGGAUGAGCGAUGAUGACGAAAAGAAACCAGAGCCCAAGCCAGUGGAGAAGAAGAAGAAGCUGUGGCAAAACGAGGACCGAUGGAGGCAUGAUAAAUUCGUCGAUCAGGACCAAGCCCCCAAGUCCAGCCAAGAGCUAAGGGACAUCUACGGGAUGGACAUUAGGACAAGGAAGCUGGAAGAUGUACCCAUACCUAACAUAGGGCGUGGCAGGGGGCGUGGUAGAGGGAGAGGAAGGGGACGAGGUAGAGGAAGGGGAUAUAGGAGGAGAGAUGAUGACGAAGAGAGUGAGGGAUGGACAGAUUCAAGGCCUAGGAGGCCUACCUACAACAGAGAACCUGCCUACAACAGAGAACCAGAGCCCCCAUCCAGAGAGAAGUUACAGGUGGAGGAAGAGUGGCCAAGUCUACAGCAACAAGAAAAUGUGCAUGUGUCAAAGAAGGCUGUCCGUGCUCAGACUCAUAACAGCUCCUGGGCCAUGGAGGCAGAGAGGGAAGAAGCUAGGCAGAGUUACAGAGAACCAUACAGGAAAGAGGAACGUGGGUACGAUGACAACUACUCAAAGGAGCGAUACACCGAUGACAGGGUACAGAGUGAUAAUAGGAGACCGGGGAGAGGGCGAGGCUACCGUGGGAAUCGCAGAGGUUACCAAGAGGAGCGGAACGACCAGCAGCAGCAGCAGCGGACUGUGGAUAGGGGUGAAGGGGAUGACAACGAGUAUGAGAGGCAAUGGGGCUACAAGGGUCAGGGAGGACCCGCGAGAACAGCUCAAAACAGUGGUGAGGGAGACAGUAGGAGUUCUGCCGGAGCCAACAAAAGUGCUGCGGGAGACGGUCAAAGUGCCGCGGGAGACAGCAAAAGUGCUGAAGAGCGGGCACACGAUGCUUACCUUGAGAGACAGAAUCGUAGAAAUGAACGCUACAGGAAUGAUAGCUCAACAACAGAAUUCAAUCGUGAGGAUUAUGAACGCACUGGUCGGCAAAGCAAACAGGAACAGGACCACGGGUAUGAAAGGAGAGAUCGUCAACAAGAUGACGGAAGGAGAGAUAAUUAUCAUGAUAGGAGAGAACAAGAUAUUAGUAAAGGACACAAGCAGCAAUGGGUGAAUAGCAAUUACAGAUCAGAACCUUCAAGUUCUGGUGGACGCUAUAGGCAGGAAUCUAGUCGACAAGAUGCCAGGUAUGACACUAAGUAUGAAAAACGUAAUACUCGAAAUGAGAGUAAAGACAGUAGGUAUGAAAGUCAAGAUGCUAGAUACGAUACACAGGACAGUUAUUCAAACCAAAGGAGGCAGGGUUCGGGCUAUAGGGAUAACCGUCGGCAGGAAACAACAUCCCCCAGAGCAGGUGGACGGGCUCCUUCCUCGGAGAACGGGGAAGAGAGCGUUCAAAUUUCAGAGGAACCUGUGAGAGAAGUAGAAAAGGAAGAGAGCCAGCCACGCAGACAGCGUGAAAGCAAAGCUUAUUCAAGGGAUCGUCGCCAAAGAAGCACAAGGCAGGACAGCAAGGACGACCCACCAGAGCAGAUCGAUGAAGAAGAGAAGGAAGGGCUGAGGAAAUUGGUGAAAGAAUUAAAGGUUUCAAUGCAGGAUGGCACUGCCUGGAGUCACGGCGACCAAGAUGUUCAGUCCAAACUGGAAACGAGACCCAUCAUUGAACCUGUUGGAGUGGAAGUUCCAGUGGAAGGACAGGAAGAAUCACAGCGCCAGGAGAGAUACGACAGGAGAGAGAGAGGGCGCCCCAAGAGGUAUUCUUCUCAGCGUCAGAGAGGUCAGGAAGGACCAGGUGGUCCACCUUCAGAACAACCGUCAAGAGGAGGGAGAGACAGAGGUCAAGGUUACCAGAACAGAAGAGACUACCCCUCCCACACCCCUCCACCACAACCCCCACCGAUGACAUCACCACCCCACCAUGUCCACCACCCCACCCCAGUGAGUGGGGCGGACCCCCAUGUGCUAGCAGGCAGCCCAGAGGCUAGGAUGGUCCCACCCCCACACCCGCCCCCUCCUCAUGAUGUAAUGAUGCCACCACCUGAUGUGAACAUGCAUCCUGGAAUGAGGCCUCCAGGACCACCAGGUCAGCACCUCCCCAGCGCUGCUUUCUUCAGCCCCAACCACCCUCCACCCGGGAUGGCCCAACCACCCCCUCCAAACCAGCUACCUCCGCCCCAGUUUGUAGGUGGACCUGUCAUGUUUGUUGGGCCUCACUACCCUGUCAUGGGUUCUCAACAGGGCCCUCCACAGCAGGUUCCCCCUCCCCAACAGGUUCCAGUUCAGCAUUUCUCUGGUGUGCCUCCUCAGUCCGGUCCUCCUCCAAACCGUCAACAUAAUCAGCGACGUGCCCCUCUACCCCAAGGACCCCCUCCCCCAUCCCAGCAGCCCCCACUGCCCCAACCCCCAUCAUCCCGCCAAGCUCCUCCACCCAUGAUAGGAGACGAACCCCUCCCUGGGGCCCAGAUGGUAGGGGGAAUCACCUACUACUCGCCUGAGUUGCAGCAGAGCAUGAUAAGAGCCCCGCCCACCCGGAGACAAGCCAACCCGCUUCCCAUCGAGGUGCCACCAGAUAGGAGCGGGAGAUACAGAUCAGACGAUCGCAGGUGAUCAUGGAGAAACAGCUUAGUUUCACCUUUCAUGCGUUCCUUUUGACACUCUCGGCUGGUUCAAUGAAAAUGUCAUGUAGCUGAUGAUCUUCUUGUAUCAUGCUGAUUACUUUGUUCAAAUAAUUGUUUUCACACCCAAGGUGAGCCUAUGUAUGAAAUCAUCUGCAAAGUGCCAACAAUUUUGCAAAAAUUCUUAGCUGAUCUGACCCUGUUGUGGUCAUUGAAUGGUUAGAUAAUUUAUAGAAACAAGUAGACUAGUUUGCAGAAGUACAUGUAUCUGUAGUUCAGUUGAUAGACAUAUUUUGAAGCAAUUUGAUACAAACUUGUAAUCUGAAUCAAAUAUACUUUUUAGCAAUAAUAAGACUAGAUGCAAAUUGUUUUUUCUAUAUUAUCUUGAAGUUAGACUGUUGGUUUGUUGCCGAUUUCGAUCAUUUCAUGUUAUUUGUCCAUUGUUUUGAUACUUUCAUAUUAGCACAAAAGUGUGGCAUCACUGUCCAAAGAAAAAGGACAAGUUUAAGAUAAAGUUGAUUUCAGUAGUUUCAGCAGUUGAAAAUAUUCUUCUGUUGUUGCUAAGCUUGUGAAUAAAGUGGAUUGAAAAUGGAAAAAAAAAAACAGAUGGGUUAUUCCUUAGUCUGUUUAUUUAUUAAUUUUGAGACCAUGCUUUAGAGAAGCAAACUUUUCUUGUCAGCUGUGAGCAGAAGCCUCCGUAUGGAAAUUUGCAUGAAUUUGAAUUCUUUAUGAAAUUAGCCGAUUGGCUCUUAGUGAGCCAAGAAAUUCCAUUGAGCCUCUAAGGCUCUUUAUUUUGUAGCUUACAGAUUUAAAAAAAAAAUGUAUAUAAUUAAAAAAAUUGAAUAAAGUAUAUUUUAAGAUUUAUUCUUUUUAAUUUGGAAAUUGCAUAAUCAGGAUGUCUUACACGAGUAGGAUGUUUGUUAUAAAUUUAUUUUUUUACUUUCUUAUUUGAGGCCUUUGGUUUGUUUGGGUUUUAAUUUUUUGUUUGUUCACCUGUUACUCAUAUAAUUUGAGAUGUAUUCAAAUAAAUUAUCUUACUGAAAGAUAUUAAAGAUGAACAUUUAUCUUUAUGAUCUCUUAUGUUUUACAAAACAAAUUCUUCUACUCUGGAAAGAAGACACAAAAAAGAAAAGAAGCGUAAAUUUUAUUUAUAACACGUUUUAUUGGGUCCAAAUGCAACCCUAUGUCACAUUUUUUCUCUUUCAUACACUUUCAAAUUUUCUAUUUUACAAGUAUAUGUACACACAACAACAGCUUGUCAUAGUAUCUGACUAGAAUAGAUAUCAAGAGUAUUUCAAGAACGAAAGAAGUUGUGUUCCCAUUGCUUCCAAGUGGUCCAUCAACAUCCACCAUGUGCAGUCUUGCUAUCUGUUAGUGUACAGAUAGAGGCUGUGCAUUACACAUGUGUAUAUUGCAUGACCAAUAGAGACAGCAGUGGGAACGCAGCCUGAUAGUAUGCAUAUACUUUGCAUGAAUCAUGCAAAAUGAGGGUAUACAUGACACAAUACAGGAUGAUGAUAUAUUAGGAGAUGUGGAAGCACAGAACUGUAUACAAUCUUAGGAAAUUGGUUAGGACUGCAUACACUAAACUGUAUACAAUCUUAGGAUGUAACUUCAGACUGCAUGCAUUGAACUGCAUACAAUCUGUAGGAUAAUUGAUAGGACUGUAUACAAUCUUAGGAUAUAACUUAGGACUGCAUGCAUUUAACUACAUACAAUCCUUAGGAUACCGGUACUUGAUAGGACUGUAUCCUGUCUCAAGGAUGCAUUCAUCUUUGCAAUGUUGCAAAAAGAAAAGAAGACCCAAUAAAUAAAUAAUAAAUGAUGGGAAAUCAAAAACCUGUGUGUCAGCAGCAGCAGCAGCUAGUUACAUGUGUUUAUGAGCACUUCCAUGAUGACAUUAAUAACAUGUUGAUUACUUCCCAGAAUAUAUUUGUACUGGAAAUUAAGAGUGUAAUAAAAAAAGGAGUGAAGAUCAAUUUUGCUUCAUGUCGGCUCGAAAAAUUUAAUGUCAUUGCAUUUAAUCCAUAAGUUGUAUACGAUGGAAAGAAUAUGGUAUAGCGAGUAGCUUAUGUUUGAUGUUUUGGUGGUCGUACAAACAACGUGUUCAUUAUAGAAGUCUGUACUCGCAGAAUGUCUGAGAUUAAGAAUUUCUCCGAUUCAGCAUGCUUCAGUUGUCUGAGUAGUUUUGCGUUGAGAAUUGUUUAAUCAAAAGGCAAAGAAAAUGCAGUUCUUAGUUUUUCAAGUACGAGCAUUUGUUUAGGACCGACUUUUGAAGAAAAAAAAAAUGGUUUGGAAACAAAUUUGUUGUACUGAAAUGAAUGCUUACCAAAAUGCAGCAAAAAUGCUUUUUCAAAUGAGUUCUUAUUCAGACUCCGACAAGUCUGAGAAUGCUCAUGAGUUGUGUGUUCUUACUUCAUGUUUAUUCGUACACAAUUUGUUUUUCUCCAAGAAAUUUAACCAUAACAUGGUCUGUAAUAAUUAAUUAAACAAUAAUUUAAUGACUUCUUGCAGAGGGUAAUGAAUCGAAUAGGUUAACUUUUAUUGAAACUAUUAACGUUUGUAUAGUUCAAAUAUAGAAUUUUACUUGAGAAUAGGUGUUUUUAUGUUUUUUUUAAUGUUUUAUGAGAUGGAGAGUGAAUUUCUUGUAUUUGAUAAAAGCUUAUAUCUGAAACGAGUUCUAAAGUAAGUCAAUUAUUGUAAACUUCAGCCUAUGAGAGUAGUAAGAGAAAUAUAUAUAAAAAGUUCUUCAAAAUUGAAAGUAACCAAUUUAACCUGUAUUUCCUACCAACUUUUAAAAUAUUUUAUUAUAUUUUAUCUUGAAUACUAUAGUUGUGUGCUUAAAUUAUGCAAGAGUUUUUUUUUUCUUCUCUUUUACAAUUUAUUCAUGGUUACAUUGACUAGUUACUCUGUAUUUGUAACACUAAAUCUGGAUGUUAUUUUAUGUAUAAUUUGAAAGUGUUAGUUUUUUUUUGUAAAUCUUAAGAAAAGUGAUAAAUUCAAGAAGAUUUCACAGUUUAAAAGAAUAUAAAUCGUUUAUACCAUGCUC